AUGAACAUUACGUGGUCGCCCCCAGACCCCUCCAAAAGGAACGGCGUGAUUACUAAGUAUCAGCUGUGUCUCAGAAACCAAACCUACGGCUUCUGUCUGCACGAAGAUACGUUUGAAUUUACACAAACGUCGUACACGUUUAGUGGGCUAAGACCGUAUCGUGUGUAUAGUGUUACAAUCCGAGCAGCCACCGUCAAAGGAUUUGGUCCCACAGGAAGUAUUACUCAAAGGACAGCGCAGUCAGGUUUGCAGAUUAUGGCACGAUUUACAUUACACAAUACAUUCUUUCGAUAAUUACGUCAUUUCACCCAGGAGCCUCGCUCUCAUGAAUCGUGAGCCAAUCACCUUGCGUAAUUUACUAAUGAGAGCGAGGCUUCCAGACCAAAAAGUAUGUGUGACGUAAUUAUCGAAAGGGUGUAUUCACAACAAACCUGCAGCAGACUUGUGGCAAUGCUGUUUCAACAACUUGUCAACAGGACGUGUUCACACUGCUUGUUCCCAGCUUGUUGACAAGUUGUUAACGCUUGUUGACAACUUGCUACAAGGUUGUUCAACAGAUUUGUUACAAGUUGUUCCAACAACUUGUUAUCGUCCUGCAUUUCAACAAUUUCUCAACAAGUUGUGAGUGACAACCUUGUAGCAACUUGAUAAAAUAACAGCAUUGCUGCAACUUGUCGAGAAGCUUGCUACAAGCCUGUUGCGAACACAUCUUUUUCACAAGUUAUGAGAUUUUUAAAUCUCGCUAAAACUUUAUUGUACCGCUGUUUAAAUCAAUUUCUCUUUAAUUUCAGAGCCAGAUGGCCCACCAAUGGAAAAAGUUGUGAAGUACCUAGACGAGUCGACGAUUAGUUUCUCAUGGACAGAGCCUCACCCAGAAUUACACAAUGGCAUUAUCAUCUACUAUCACGUGUGUAUACGAAAAUAUGGUCCCGAUUUUACGUGUACCAGAACGGCGCAAAUACCGCGACAGAAUGAGAAAAGUUACGCGUACGGUGGCCUGAGUCCGAGUAGCGAAUAUGUGGUGGUGAUUCGAGCCGCGACUAUCAUAGGACUGGGACCGGCUGCUUUUAUUCAGAAGACCGCAGGUAAAGCUGACGUAUAGACUUGUUGCAAGGUUUUUCCAACAAUUGACGAGACAAACAAACUUGUUCCAAUAAGGGAGCGAUCGAUCAGCAAAAUGUUUCCCACGAAAAACAUUUCUUUUCGGUGCCACUUCGGUGCCACUUCGUCUGCACGUAACAUUUGCAUGUACCAUCCAUCUUUCUACAAGAAAGGAAUAUUUACAUUGUCAGACACAUGCUUUUUAUUUUCUAAAUAAUUUUCUUUUUUGUUUUGUAUUUGGGACCAUUCUUUUUUCUUCAAUCUUCUGUAUGGUUCUCUGGUGUGUUUGGGUUGAAUUGGCACUGGAUCAUUGCACUGCUCUGCCACAUCACAUGCUAAAAUAACAUGAUAUAUUUACGGAAAUUGUAUAAGACAUUCUAUGUAGAAAAUGGCACUUAGCUACACACGUAAAAAAUCUCACAACUUGUCAACAAGAUGUGUUCGUGACAGGCGUGUAUAGCAAGUUUGUCAACAUGUUGUAACAAUGCUGUUAUUUUAUUAAGUUGCUACAAUGUUGUUACUCACAACUUGUUGAGAAAUUGUUGAAUUGCAGGACGAUAACAAGUUGUUGGAACAACUUGUAACAAGUCUGUUGAGCUCGACAACGUUGUAACAAGUCUGCCAACAAGUCGUAAACAAGUUGCGUUCGCACUACUUGUCUCAAAAGUUGUCAACAAGUUUGGAACAGGCUGUUGACAACUUGUAAAAACCUUGUUAUUAAUAUUAUCAGACUAAUUGUUGCAAGGUUGUUCCAACAAGUCCGAUACAGUCAUGAUAUAACAAUAUUGUUACAACCUUGUGUCGUCAACCUUGUAACAUUCUUGUUAUAUCAUGACUGUAUCAGACUUGUUAGAACAACCUUGUAACGAGUCUGAUAAUGCCAUCAAGCUUGUUACAAAUUGUGAACAGCUUGUUCCAAACUUUUUACAACAACUGGGAACAAGCAGUGCGAACACAAUUGUCGACAGCUUGUGAACAGAAUUGUAACAACUUGUUUACAGACCUGUGACAACUUGUGUGUUUUUAAUACGUAUGUAUACUUCUACUCGAUGACGCAACUUGUGUUUCGUUUUCGUAACAGGUGUGUGCGAUCUUCCCGUCCUAAACACAGCUGGUGACUAUGUAAGCAACGACAGUUUUACUGCCAGCGGAUUUCUCGGUAGAAGAUACGGCCCGCACCAGUCACCUAUAGACAGUGACUUCCCUUGGUGUGACAGCGGUUUGAAAAACAACGCGUACAUGCAGAUCGACUUUGGUGGACCACUAAGGGUUAUUGGUUUCGCAACAAGACGACACAAAGAUCACUGGGAUAGCUGGGUUUCCUCGUACAAAGUCUCGCAUAGUUUGGAUAGCAUGGAAUGGAAUUUUGUCAAUGUCGGCGGGGAACCGGUAAGGGAGCGGAAUAAUUGUUUAUGGCGGGCGGGGCCGGCACCGAAAAGAAAAGGAUUAGGUAAACAACAUUCCCAGUUGAGUAAAAGGUUGCCGGGUAUAUGAAAAACAAAACAACUCAAGGGUUGGGUAAUAGAAAUUUAUUGUCAUUUCCAAAUGACUCACUACUCUAAGGGACCAUGUUGUCUGCACAUGUAGUUUCUUUGGAAACACCAUUUGCCUCCUGACAAAGAUAGUGACUCUGAUUGAUUGAUUAAUUUACGUAUUGUAUUGGCAUAUGACUGUUGACAUUGCUUUUUAGUCUUCAAUAUUUGAACGCAAUUUGAAGUGUCUUCUGUUGAUAAUGAAAAAGAUAUAGUAGUUUUCUCAAACAGCAAAGGAAAACACAAAAAAGUUCGAUUGAGUAAUGAAUAAGUGAAUAAUGGCCGAUUAUUUCAUUAUACGAAAAUACAAUGAGCUCAAUCACCGUGACCGUGCACAAAUUAACAUAAACUCCGAUAAAAACAUAACACAAUUAAUAUAAAUACGAGAUGAACAGUUGGAAACCAGUAUACAAUAAAACCAAGAAAAUAUAAAAUGUAGUAAUUUGACAACCUUCUGCAGUGUUUCCCUUCUAAGUGCGUCCAAGUUUAGUCGUCUCGUAUUUAUACUAGACGAAUUAAACGUCUAAGACGAUUAAGUCGUCUGUUAAGUGCGUCGUUUGGACUCACUUAACAGACGACCUUAAUUUUUUAUUCGUCUAUCUAAUUUACCGUAUUUAUAUUAGACGACUUUAACGUCUCAGACGGUUAAGUCGUCUCAGACGUUAAAGCCGUCUUCUAAUAUAAAUACGGCCAAUGACUGAAGUCGCACAUUUUUUGCAGGUCCUUGAUGGAAACGCAGACACAAUCGAGGGCAGGGAAGUCACGCAUUUCAUCGAUGAAACGGUUUUAACUCGUUUUAUCCGCUUUGAAGUUCAAACUUUCGUGGGUGCUCAUUCAUGUGUGAGUGUACAAGUCUUCGGCUGUGCACCUGGUAAGGAUAUAUAAUUAGUUUAUUGAUUAGAUGAUUGAUAUAUUAAUUGAUUGGUUGAUUAAUUAGUUGAUUAAUUGAUUAGUUGAUUGAUGCAUUAAUUGUUGGUUCAUUAACUAGUUUAUAAUUAAUAUAUAUAGAUGAUUGAUGCAUUAAUUGAUUGGUUCAUUAACUGAGUUUACUUACUGAUUAGAUGAUUGACGCAUUAAUUAAUUGGUUCAUUAAUUCGUUGAUUUAUUGAUGGACGAUUGACACAUUAAUUAGUUGGUUUAUUAAUUAGUUGAUUUAUUGUUUAGACGAUUGAUACAUUAAUUAGUUUGUUAAUUAAUUACUUGAUUUAUUCAUUAGAUGAUUGAGGCAUUAAUUGAUUGGUUCAUUAAUCAGUUUAUAUUUUAAUUAUUUCAUUUAUUAAUAUUAAUAUUAUUGCAUAGGUAAAUCUAAGUUUUGAAGGAUUUGUAAGAGAUGUUUGAGGUAACUGUUAAAGUCGGAAUAAGUUCCUUCAAAGCUUGGAAUAUUAGAAUUUACCCAUGCAAAAUUUCUACUGUGAUCACAGAAACUUUGAUAGUGUAAAGCACUAGUUUUUAUCUCUACAGCUAUGAAACCAAUGACGACAUCAGUACUGAACACGACAGCACACUCAAUUCAAGUUUCCUGGACACCAUUGCCUUCACAAGUGAAUAAUGGACGAAUUUUUGGCUACCAAAUCUGCUAUAAGAUAGCCUCAGCUCGCUGGCCCUGUCAACGCUUGGGUUACGUCAACCAUAAUGCUACUUCGUAUACUGUGAAUGAAUUGAUACCAUAUACGGAGUAUGCUAUCGAGAUUUCGGCGGGAACCAUUGCUGGUUUUGGGCCGUCUGUUCUACUGACUGCUACAACAAACGAAUCAAGUACGUUACUAAAUAACUAAUAAAUAACAUAAUUACUCACUCAUUUUUUUAAUAUAUUUUAUAAGUAAUAGCAUGACAUUCAGGGCGAUUAGUGAUUAAAUGUACCCGAAAACCGAGAGAGGUUUAGUAAAAGCCGUAUGCCAAUAAAGCACGCCCAUAUAUCUACCAAAAUCCAGUAUGCUCAUGAGCACGACCAGUAUCACCGGAUUUUGGUAUAUAUAUGGGCGUGCUCAUGAGAUACCAAAAUAAGGUAUAACUAAAAGCCCCGAGGGGCGCAGCGCCGAGGGACUUUUACUAAACCUCUCAAGCCUUGAGGGAACUCUCGAGGCUUGAGGAACAUAUGUCAACACAAAUACUUCGUUUUUUCCUAAUACUUCACUGUGAAAAUUGUCACGUGUGAAAGCGUUCCAAUUCAAGAGCAUGCGCUUUAGAAACUACUGCAAAUUUUCUUGCACUUCCAGUUCCGUGUGUCCCAGGGCCUAGGGAGGACGAGCGCGGAGGAUGAAUUUGCACCCAGUUCAAAGUUGAUGAGAGUUGAUAAGAAUUUAGCGGCAUCCCCGUUCCUAGGGUCUCUCGGCCGCGCACGCGACCUCCACAGGCUCUUUAUGCACCACGUAUAUAGUACUUAUAUGUGUCGAAAUCUACACUAAUAAAUUUGUUUUUGCAUAUAUAGUUCCAAGCGGCCCUCCGCUUCUCUUGGAGGCACAAGAUAUCACAGCAACAAGCCUGAGGCUGAUGUGGUCCCCCCCGGAACAAAAUCAUGCCAAUGGCAUUAUUAGGUUAUAUGGCGUGUGCUACCAAGAGGCAAGCUUAGGAACAGAAUGUAAGGAAGUUAUAAGCGUUCCGGGGGGACAACUGGCAUAUGAGAUUACUCAAGGACUGCGACCGUAUACGGAGCACGUGUUGGUUGUCAUGGCAGCAACUAAGAUAAAGGGUUGGAGCCCUAAAGCAGUAUUAAACAUAACCACACUUCUUGCAGGUAAGAUAAUGGUAAGAUAUAUUUCAGUCUACAACAGUUACAACUGUUUCGUCCAAGAGGAAUCAUCAAGUGGCUCCAGACAAGUCUGAGCCUAGAUCGACCUAUGUAUUUUCUAUCAUUUUAGCACUUUAAUAGACCCAUUGCACAUGACGUCACAGCGCCGCUGACGAUGCAUCUGGAAGACAAAUUAGCAAUCUAUGCAUAAUAUAACUUUUGUAAACAAAGCAAAUUUUGUAAAAACUUUAUAAUAAUUCUGUAUCAAAUUGGUUAGUUUUUGCGCUGUAUGUGGUUGUUGUACCCGAACAGAUAUUGUUAGGGAGCAUCUGGAGGACACUCUAAGGAUUUGUGACGUCAGUGCAAAGGGUAUAUAAGCUCCCAAUUAUAUUUUUACAGCGCCGUAUGGUCCGCCGACGUCAGUGUACGCUACACGUAUCGGAUCACGAAUCUUACAAAUAUUCUGGAAGCCUCCCGAACCUAGAAAACGAAAUGGCGACAUCAUCGGCUACCGUUUGUGCAUAAAGGAAAAACGUUUCUCGCAGCCAUGUCGUGAUUACGUCACCUUUCCUGAAUCGCAGAUGAAUAUGCACAGUUGUGACGGACUGAAACCAUUUACCAUGUAUAAUAUUCACGUUGAGGCCAAGACCGUUAUAGGAUAUGGACCUGGUCAAUAUUUGGAUUAUCGUUCUGGGGAGGCAGGUAUGAGCAAGUUUAUUUGCCGGGGUGUUGGAGCUGGUUUGGUUUACGGAUGGCGCCCCCGACGGGACAAAUUAGAGAGUUUGACAACUGGCAACGCCAGAAAACAAAAUUACUUAAAUUUUAGAAUACGAGAAAAAAACAUACAUCACUAAACUCUAGUUUCCUCUUGAAAGUAUUUGUAUUUCUUUACAAAGUUAAACGACCCUUAAUUAGCAAUAGUCAGUGAAUUCACAUAAAACACCCCCACACGAUUUAUUUAUUUAUUUAUUUAUUUAUUUAUUUAUUUAUUUAUUUACAAGAUUCGCCGAACAUAACAGACAUAAAUUAGACUAGACAAAAUUUACAUACAACACAGGCAGGAACUGACCACAGAGGCAAUCUCUAAUGUCGGUACUGGACUAGAUUUUAAGUUCUCAAAUUCAUUAAUAAUUCAUGAGAAAUUCAGCCAAUGACAAUCACAUAUUUGAUCACAAGAUGCCAUUGGAUAACCCAGUGAAGCUUGAUGAAAGUCACUAGCGUUUUCAUCAAAUAUCUUAAUUACGCAUGCAAAAUUACUUGAAUAGAAUUCCUAAUUACGUUAUGCUUGGUUAAGAAUUCUAUUCAAAUCAGCAAACGAAAACAUCCUGUUACGUCUCGAUUAAUUUGAGAAGGCUGAGAAGCCAUAUAAACAACUCGAGCUUGUGUCUCACCGAGAUAUCUAAACACUCGAAAACAAUGUAUGAAACAAGGGUGGGAUGACUACAAAAUUUUUGUAGUUCGCUAUAACUACAGCUAUUUCAAAAAUAUGUAGUCAGCUACAACUACUGCUACUUUUGAACAAAGUUAGUUCGCUACUGACUACAGCUACUGCUUAAAAAUGUAGCGAACUAUUUCGCUAUUUCGCUACGCUAUAUUUUUUAGUUUUACUGUAUUUGGAGCAUCUAUACUAACUCAGACUGUAAUGUAACCUAUAACAAAUCGACUUACGAGUAGCAACAGUUAACACAAAGCAACAUUUUUGUAAUCACUACAGUGUUCAAGAGUGCAAAUUGACUAUUGAGUAUCGAUUUUAAGCAAACCGUGUCUCAAUAUCAUGCUAUUUAUAUGUCAAGUUGUUAACAAUUUUUAUAAGUAGCGAAUAGCGAUUUGCUGUUUGAAAAGUAGUCAACUACUUGGCUACUUUUAGGCAAAAUGUAGUUCGCUAUAACUACAGCUACUGUUUUAAAAAUGUAGUCAAAAACUGCUGGCUACUUGAAAAUUGUAGUUCGCUACAGUAGCGAACUACAACUACUUCGCUACUACCCACCCUUGGUAUGAAAACACUCGCGCUUCACGCUCGUGUUUUCAUACAUUGUUUUCUCGUGUUUGGAUAUCCCGGUGAAACACUCGCUCUCGUUCAUGUAUUACUUCUCGCAUUUUGAUCCAGUACUCGGCUUUGCCUCGGACUCGAUCAAAUUGCGCCGACUUGAAAUCUAGUCCAGUCCUCGUACUUCGAUUUGAAACAUUACAUAUUUGAGAUAUUACAUCCCGUGUCUCAUUUUUCUUUCAGCUCCAACAGCUCCACCUAAAGAUGUCAUUUUCAAAUCCGUGACAACGACUUCAAUCGAAAUCACGUGGUCGCCACCGGAUGAAGAGAAGCAAAAUGGCAUCAUAGCAAUGUAUGAAAUCGAGAUGUAUCAAGAAAUGUCCGGCUCGAUAGUGGAGAAAGUUACAAAAUCCUUGAUGCGUGUGGAAAAUACCACGGUGUGGAAAAUCGCCGGUCUGAGCCCGCGGACGGAUUACAUAUUCCAUAUUAGAGCUGGAACUACAGGAGGAUUUGGUCCAGCGGUUAUUGUACAUAAACGGAGCGGAGGUAAGUAAUUAUGACGAAAUUAGCCAACCUUUGUUGCCUUAUUUUACAAUGAAGAAAGUUUGAUCAAAUCGUAGGACUGGAUGAAGUUUGAUCAAGUCCUAGGUCCGUAGGAUUGGAUGAAGUUUGAUCAAUAAAUCCUAGUGCUGGAUAAAGUUUGAUAAAGUCCUAAGACUGAAUGAAGUUUGAUCAAGUCCUAGGACUGGAUGACGUUUUGAUCAAGUCCAAGGACUGGAUGACGUUUCGAUCAAGACCUAGGACUGGAUGAAGUUUGAUGAAGUCCUAGGACUAGAUGAAGUUUGAUCAAGUCCUAUGACUGGAUGAAGUUUGAUCAAGUCCUAGGACUGGAUGACGUUUUGAUCAAGUCCUAGGACUGGAUGAAGUUUGAUUAAGUCCUAGGACUGGAUGAUGUUUGAUCAAGUCCUAUGACUGGAUGAAGUUUGAUCAAGACCUAGGACUGGAUGAAGUUUUGAUCAAGUCCUAGGACUGGAUGAAGUUUGAUUAAGUCCUAGGACUGGAUGAAGUUUGAUGAAGUCUUAGGACUGGAUGAAGUUUUGAUCAAGUCCUAGGACUGGAUGAAGUUUGAUUAAGUCCUAGGACUGGAUGAAGUUUGAUGAAGUCCUAGGACUAGAUGAAGUUUGAUCAAGUCCUAGGACUGGAUGAAGUUUAGAUCAAGUCCUAGGACUGGAUGAAGUUUUGAUCAAGUCCUAAGACUGGAUGAAGUUUUGAUCAAGUCCUAGGAGUGGAUGACGUUUUGUCCAAGUCCUAGGACUGGAUGAAGUUUGAUCAAGUCUUCGGACUGAAUGAAGUUCGACCAAGUCCUAAGAAUGGAUAACGUUUUGAUCAAGUCCUAAGACGGGAUGAAGUUUAAUCAGGUCCUAGGACUGGAUGACGUUUUGACCAAGUCUAGAACUGGAUGAAGUUUGAUCAAGUCUUGGCUGGAUGAAGUUGUGAUCAAGUCUUAGAACUGGAUGAAGUUUUGAUUAAGUUCUAGGACUGGAUGAAGUUUGAUCAAGUCCUAUAGGACUGAGUGUAGUUUUGAUGAAAUCCCAAGAUUGUAUGAAGUUUUAAUCAAGUUCUAGGACUGAAUGAAGUUCGAUCAAGUCCUAAGAAUGGAUAUAGCGUUUUGAUCAAAUCCUAGGACGUGAUGAAGUUUCAUCAGGUCCUAAGACUAGAUGACGUUUUGAUCAAGUCUUAGAACUGGAUGAAGUUUGAUCAAGUCUCAGGGCUAGGGAAGCAAUUUCCACAGUCCAUUGUUAAAAAGAAUAUUUUUCUUUGUUUCAGGUCGUUUUGGGCAAACAGACAAAUCCACUGGCAGAGGGAAAAGUAAGAAUAAAAUAUUUUAUUAAUACAGAAAAAUCUUUGCUUUGGACAGACAAAUUGUUUAUUGGUUAAAAUGUUGAUUCAUGUAUUAUGUUGUUUCAGAUAAACUGACAGCCGAAGGAAUUGCUGGUGGCUCCAUCUUGUUGAUCGCAUUGAUUGCUGGUUUUGUAUUCAGUAUUUUAUGGAACAAAGGAAUGUUACCUCGCACAAGGUAUACAGUAAAGGCACUGGGCAUUACCAAGUUAGGUUGUUGAGCUGAACAAACUUGUUACAAGUUAUUCCAACAACUUGUUAUCGUCCUGCAAUUCAACAAGUUGUCAAUAAGUUGUAAGUGACAACCUUGUAGCAACUUGAUAAAAUAACAGCAUUGUUACAACUUGUUGACAAGCUUGCUACAAGCCUGUUGCGAACACUUAGUCUUGUUGACAAGUUGUGAGAUUUUUGCGUAUAGUAUGUAGUCUACAUGUAUAUAAAUUAUUUAUAUCUAUUUUAAAUUUCUUGUCAGUCGCGUGCGAGAAGAAUGCCAUAUAGGAUGACCGUUUUCUAAGCUAAUGGAGAUUCACUUUUGAGUAAAUUGAUUUUUGUUUUGAAUUUAGAACGAGGAAACUAAGACGUGAAUUACAAAAAGAGGAAAGACGGCUGAGAAGACGUGAGCGACGAAAAAAGAAAAAAAUGAGGUUGUUAUUAUUAUAAAAUCAAACCCAAUUCAACAUAUAUAUUCUAUUUAGAAACCGGCAGCAUCUUUUAAUAGGCCAUGGGCGAAGUUUGUAAAAAAGAAUAGUUGCCCCAACUAGUUUUGUGCAUUGUUUUGUUUUAGAUUGUAAAUCCCACAUGCAUGCACGGCCGGGGCUUGUUCACAAGUUGUCGACAAGUUGUGUUCGCACUGCUUUUCGUAGUUGUCAUAACAAGUUUGGAACAAGCUUGAUGGCAUUAUCAGAUCUCUCACAAGGUUAUUCUGACAAGUCUGCUACUCAGUCAUGAUAUAACAAGAAUGUUACAAGGUUGACGACACCAGGUUGUAAAAAUAUCGUUAUACCAUGACUGUAUCGGACUUGUUGGAACAACCUUGCCACAAGCCUGAUAAUAUCAACAAGGUUGUUACAAGUUGUUAACAGCUUGUUACAAACUUGUUGACAACUUAGGACAAGCAGUGCGAACACAACUUGUUGACAGCUUGUUGGCAGACUUGCUAUAAUUAAGAUGUGAGAUUUUUACUUGUGUAGAUUGACGAGUUCUGAAUAUGUGUUCUGACCCUUCUAUGAAUCUUACGCACCAGUCAUCUGAACAGUCACAACUCAUCUACCCGUUCAUAUGCAUCAGACGAAGAGAAUCGCACUAGAAAUUCCUUUAGGAAUUCGGGGUUCUUUCCUGGGCUUAUAUUCAAAUUGUCCUCAUGUUUUUUUGUAUAUUCAACGGUUUAUUUUCUUUGUGUUUUAGCGAGCCAGGAACAGAAAUACACAUCACGCAUUCUGUCUGUUCUGAAUUAGACGACCUUGGCGCUCCAACUGGACAAAAACGCGAAGGUAUGCGGGAAUUUGUUUUUUUUAAAUAAAAAUUACGCACUAAAGUAAAUCUCAGGAUUUGAUUCAAACGUUGUUUGCAACAUUUUACAGUUGUAGCACGUUAUUAAAAUUUUACAUUUUGCAAUCUUUGCAGUGCGAUCAAAGGAAUAGGAAACUGUGUUAAAAAAUAGAAUUUUAUGUUUCAUAUUCCCUAGUGCAACAACGUAUCGCAGCUGAAAAUCUGUCUGGUACAGACGGUGUGGGCAUUUAUUCCACCGGUGCAACGAACGCCCUUACUCCAGAUAUUUAUGGAACAUCGUCGGCACCCCCCGGACAAGAUAUAUACGACAACGCACCUCCCGGGAUAGAGAUACAUGGUACUGCGGAUCCAGGAGGGGGGAUUGGAGCAGUACAAAAAUCUAAUACCAUUUUACCACCUAUUGUACCAAAAUCAUCAGCGCUACCGUCAGUUAUCCCUCUCGAAACAGCGCUAUCCUCUGUCUUUAUCAAACUGUCUUCGACCGUAUUAAAUGAUCCCGGAUUCGACACAAACGCAAGUCCUUCAUCUCGUCCAAAAACCCGCAAAAAUCCAUCGCGUAACCCUAACAGUCCUAGGUCUUCUCCUGUACCACCUAAGUCUAAGGGGAAACGUAAGAAAAACACCAGAAGUCCCAAGCCAACCGUCGUUGUCCCUGAACCAUCCAAAUUCACUCUAGUUGUCGUGAAACAAAAGAUCGCACCUGUGGUAAAGGUGGACACAGUAGGCUCAGACUUUACCGAUCCUACUUUCCCAUCUACUUCGAUGGAAAAUGACCUUAGUCACCCCGUGUCUCAAACAUCUAUCAACAAUGAUCCCGUAACCGAUACGGUUAUCGAGUCUUUUUAUUCUGUGACAGAUAUCGCUGGCUCAGAUGUGGUACCAGUCUCCAUACUUCGUGCCACUCAGGGGGAUGUACACAAUUACCCCGUUCCGCCCACAGAUAUCAACUCUAAUCAUAUAUCGAACAUACCUAUAUUUCGUGAAAACGCGUCAGUCCGUAGGCAGAGUUUAAAUUAUCAUCCUAAUAUGCCUCGAUAUUCCAUCGAUUUUUCUGCAUCGCCGCAAAAUCUUAACAAUACGUGUACACACAAUUUACCUCCUAUACCUGCCUAUCCCUCCUAUCCUAAGCUAAAUUCUGAGACUAUAAUAUAUCAAUCAUCUGAUACGCAUUCCAAAUAAAAUAAAAUAGACCAUUCUACGGUUGAUUUAUGAUGACUAAGAUUUGAAAUAUGGAUUUUGAAAA